GCAAAAUCGUUUUCCUCGUUCCAGAAAAAGGGGUCCACCUGCAUUUUCCAUUAAAUAUGUGAUCUCCCGGUAGAUUCAUUCGAAAUUUUGGCUGGUAUGGGGUGGUUCGAUUCGUUGUUCGGAGCUGAAGCACGCAAAGUCAUCAAAAGAAAGGAUAGCGAUGCAGGCGAAGCCGGUAGGGCAUUGGAAGAGCUGAGAUCAUCUCUUUACAAUGAGCUUCGAACAUCAGAAGGAGCCAAGCGCCAACAACAACGAUAUUGUGGACCAGCGGUCGCAUUGUCGUUCAACUUCAUGGUUUCUGUCAGCAUCAUAUUGGCCAAUAAAUUGGUGAUGGGGAGAGUAGGAUUCGACUUCCCGAUAUUUCUGACACUUGUUCACUACGUCACUGCAUGGCUUCUACUGGCAUUCUUCAAGGCAAUCUCAGUGCUUCCUGUCUCCCCUCCGUCCAAAACCACUCCUUACUCUUCUAUAUUCACUCUGGGUGCUAUCAUGGCUUUUGCAUCUGGCCUUGCCAACACCAGCCUCAAGUAUAACAGUGUUGGUUUCUACCAAAUGGCUAAGAUUGCAGUCACCCCUACAAUUGUUCUUGCAGAAUUCUUGCUUUUCAGAAAAACUAUUUCCUUGCAGAAGGCUUUGGCUCUGGUUGUGGUGUCAGUAGGUGUAGCAAUUGCAACUGUGUCAGAUUUAGAGUUUAAUUUAUUCGGCGCUCUAAUUGCUAUCGCAUGGAUAAUUCCAAGUGCUAUAAAUAAGAUUCUAUGGUCUGCUUUACAGCAGCAAGGCAACUGGACGGCUCUUGCGUUGAUGUGGAAGACAACCCCCGUCACAGUUUUCUUUCUGGUACCUUUGAUGCCCUGGUUGGAUCCACCAGGAGUGUUAUCCUUCAACUGGGAUGUUCACAACAGCACUGCCAUUAUGAUAUCUGCACUACUUGGGUUUCUCCUACAAUGGUCAGGGGCCUUGGCUCUCGGGGCUACUUCCGCUACUUCGCAUGUUGUUUUAGGACAGUUCAAGACCUGUGUCAUUCUGCUGGGAGGCUAUCUUAUACUGGAUUCAGACCCUGGGAUUGUGAGUCUAGGUGGUGCUGUCAUUGCUCUAUCAGGAAUGUCAGUUUACACAUCAUUGAACUUGAAACAAAAAUCUCAGGAAAAGCAGCUUCCAAAGACCAACUCGAAUCCCUCAAAACCAAAAGAAAGCACUGAUAAUAGCACACAAUUGGAUGUGAAGAUCACCUCCACGGUCGUCUAAGUCUAGUCGCUAGUCAGAGCUAGAAGCACCAAAUGUUUAGACACCUUCCUCACAUAACCCCUAUGCUAGGAAGUUAUUAUACCCAAUUCCGGUUUGCAAGAAGUAUUUUUGUAUGGGCAGACUAAUCACAGUAAUUCAAUCACAUGGGGGGAAAACAUGAUUUAUAGUGGGUUUUGUCUAUAGGCUCAACAUACCCAUGUGACUAUUGAUGAUUGACUGAACAAUUUAACCCACUC